AUGAAGGGCCGCACCGUGCUGGUUUUGCUCGUUGUCGUGUUCGUCGGGUGGAACCUGUUGCUCGGAGCCUCGGUGAAGUCCUCAGACGCGGCCUAUGGAACCGUUGAGCUAAACGGCAGGAGGCUAAAGGAAACUAGACAUACCAUUACAAGCAGAAGCCUUCAAGACGUAAGGACUGAUGACUACCGACCUGUUGACCCAACUCCAAGCUCCAAGGCAAGUAUCAGGCCAGGUCCAAUUGAACAUGGCGCUCCUGCUUUUCCUUAUGUGCCAGGGUACCCGCCUCCUGCCCAGGGUCCUGCUUCUCCUGGCGCUUAG